AUGGCAGCAAUGUCCGAAUUGAGCAAACCACAAUCUUCUGGUGAACCAUCUGAUUACAAAAGAAAAAUUAUUAUAGAAGAUUUGACCGAUAAUGACCAAAGAUUAGAUUUAUAUACAUAUUUAUCAAAAUUUGGAACGCUAAAAAGCUGUGACAUGCCAAAAGAUACAGAUACAAUGCGACGUGCUGUUAUCGUAUAUCAAGAAUUAAAAUCGGUCGAUAAUCUAAUGAAAAAGGAAAACCGUCCGCAUAUUCUGAAUGAUCAUGUUAUUUAUAUUUAUCGAGAAAUACGAGCAGCACCUAAUUUGAAAAAGCUUAGAGCACAAAGAGACGUAUGUACAUUAUCUCUUUGUGUGAAACCACCACACGUUAUACCAGAAGAUGAAUUUAAACGUCACUUUGCUCACUAUGGUGCGAUUGUUGGUGUCGAUAGAGCAGAAAAUGAUAUAAAAAUCACCUAUGACGAUUAUGAUCCUGUGGACAAAGCAAUCCAAGACAAUCCUCAUGUUUUUGAUAAUAUUCCAUAUAGUGUUGAAAAAUAUUCAGAUUCAGCUACAAUUAAUAAUAGUACAAAUAUAUCGGGGACACCAACACCUAACUUUCAAGAACAAGCUGCAUCAGAACAUCAGAAGAGUAAAUCCGCACUCGUAAAUCUAAGUAAUAAUCAAUCAAAUGUAGAUCCACCACGUUCCACGGGAUCACUUGACGGUACGAAAGACUUAUUACACUCUGAUCUAAAUAAUCGUAGGCAAAUUACAAGUCCAGUCACUGUCAUAGAUGACCGAUCACUUGGAAAUGAUGGUCGAUUAUUUGAGCAUGCUAUCAAAGGCAUGAAGGAACAAGCAAAUCCUGACUUACCAAACGAUGUUCCAACGGAAUGGAACUCUAGAAAUUUGCAAUCGGGAGAAGCUGGUGGUCAGGGCGAAGUACGCAUAAUAUACUACAGAAACAACCCAAUGCAAUUAGCAGCGAUAAAAAUUUAUUCAUCUGAAGCUAAGACUAAAAAAAAUAACAAAGGACUAGAUGAUUAUUUCAAAGAGCGAAGAAUGCGUGCUCAUCGCGAAUUGGUUGCUUUAAAGGCACUGCAAGGUGUAAAAAAUGUUAGUAAACUAACGACUUAUACGAAUGAUUAUACAAACAUACCGGACACUCAGGAAGAUGCUAUAGCUGGGCAGAAAACUUAUUGGACAAUUAUGUGUUAUAUUGAUGGGCGCACUUUAGAACAGUUUAUGGAAACAUACGGAACAAUUGAUUUGCUGAAUGCGGUUAAAUUAACUCAAAAACUGCUUUUAACUAUUAAAAACAUUCAUGCCAGUGGUGUUGUACAUCGUGACAUAAAACCGAGUAAUCUAUUAGUUGUUUGUGAUAAAAAUGCAACAAUUGAAACGGCUAAAAUUCAUGUUAUUGAUUUUGGAUUAUCAUAUAUUGAAAAUCGUGAAGAUGAUGUUGACUGGUCUUCAUUUGAAGAAAAAGAGAAAUUUCAACAAACACAUUUCGGUGCCACCAUAGGUAAUGCUUUUUUUCGCGUUCCACAACUGAAUUCAGCGGCAUGGAAGAAUAAGACACAUAAAGAACAGAAUGUAUUGUUACAUGUUCGUCGUAGCCCAACAAUUGAUGCUUCAAGUGUGUGUGCAAUAUUAUUUUGGCUGUUAACUGACAUUGAACCAGGACUGAAACAUCGUGACGAAUCAAAUUUGGCACCGCAUCAAAAUGAAGAGGCUAAGAUGAAAAUUAUGAUGAAAAUAGAUGAAGCUGUGAAUCAAAUAGGAUUGAGUCCACUAUGGAUCGCUGAUCUUACUGUCAUUAAACGUAUCUCCAAGAAAUUGUUACCAGAAUUAAGAACACAGUUAAAAAACUACGUUAUGACAACCUUUGAUAAAGGUUUUGAAAGUGCGGAAUAUCAGUGGACAGUGGAACAGUUAGAAUAUCGUUUAAAAUCAAUUUGUCACGUUCUCGAACAGGACAUCAUUCCACCAGAUCAACAUCUGAGUAGUAUUACCAAGAGUUUGCUUUCACUUGAACCAGGUAGAAGACUUUCCAGCCCAUACCCGACCAAAUUGAUAUUUCAUAAAGUUUCACUUGCAUAUGAAUCUGCCAAAGCAAAAUUUGUUGCACAACAUUCACCAUGUUCAUGGUACGAUGGUCAUUGUCACUGGUUGGAAUAUCGACAAGAUGUAACUGAACGUAGAAAUUAUGACUUAUUGUCGUAUCAACGAAAUAAACAAAAUUGGAUGUUGAUAAUUGUUUGCUCUGUUCAUUUUAACGAAAAUGGUGACAUAAUUACAUUAACAAUUGGCAGUGAUUUUAAUGGCGUCUACGUUGAAUUACCACUGGGUCAAUAUGCUCCUAAGGAAUUAGAUAAUUUUAACAUUGAUAUUAGUUUUGAAAGUGAGUUAAUCAAUCUCUUACAAGUGAUAUGUAAAACAAGACAUACGGUAGACACAGAGUCUGUAGCUUCAGCAAAUUAA